AUGCCUGUGUCUAGCCACGACUCUCCACCACCCGUUAGUGUCCUCACCUUUACUGAGCACCUGGUGUAUGCAGAGGACCUUGAGAAGCCUGAGCCAGGUGCUGGCCCUCAGGAAGCAGAUACGGGCACCAUAGGCUUUCCCACCAUAGUCUCCCGCCAGGAGUGGGGGGCUAGACCACUGACCUGCAGGGCCCCCCUGAGCCCGCCCGUGGCCUUCCUCAUCACGGAGCAGCUCACCGGGAUGCAGUGCCAGGAGCAGACCAUCUGCAGCGAGAUGCUGCGGGGCCUACAGUUCCAUUCUGUCCACACCAGAAGCCGGUGCGACGUAGCGUUCAACUUCCUGGUUGGGGACGAUGGCAGGGUGUAUGAAGGCGUCGGCUGGAAUGUCCAGGGUUCGCACACCCAAGGCUACAACAACGUCUCCCUGGGCGUUGCCUUCUUUGGCAAUAAGAUAGGCAGCAGACCCAGCCCUGCUGCCUUAUCAGCUGCAGAGGGCCUGGUCUUCUAUGCCAUCCAGAAGGGUCACCUAUCACCCAGGUACAUUCAGCCACUUCUCUUGAAAGAAGAGACCUGCCUGGCCCCUCAGCACCCAGGGGUGUCCAGUAAAGCUUGCCCCGACAUCACCCCACGGUCUGCUUGGGAAGCCAGAGAGACACACUGCCCUCAAAUGAGCCUCCCAGCCAAAUACGUCAUCAUCAUCCACACUGCUGGGACCAGCUGCAAUGUGUCCAUGGACUGCCUGAUUAGUGUCAGAGACAUACAGUCCUUCCACAUGGACAAGCUAGACUUUUGUGACAUUGGAUAUCACUUCCUGGUGGGCCAGGAUGGUGCAGUGUAUGAAGGCGUUGGCUGGAAUGUCCAAGGCUCCCACACCUAUGGAUACAACGACAUUGCUCUAGGAAUUGCCUUCAUAGGCAACUUUGUAGAAAAACCUCCGAAUGCGGCGUCCCUGGACGCAGCCCAGGAUCUGAUCCAGUGUGCCGUGGUCAAGGGGUACCUGGACCCCAACUACCUGCUGGUGGGCCACAGUGAUGUGGCUAACCUUCUGUCCCCUGGGCAGGCUUUGUACAACAUCAUCAAAACUUGGCCUCACUUCAAACACUGA